AACUGCUGACAGAAACGUGAAUACCUAUGGACCCUAUAAGUAUCUUCUUUCAUGGAUACGCUAGAAGACACCACAGCCGAAUUAGACCUACCGAGUUAUUGUAUAAUUAUCAUUUGUGUUCGUAUGUGUCUUUGUAAUCAAAAUUUUCACAAAAAAUGUAUCUAUUUCCAGGUUCUUUUCCUCCUGGUGCUGGUUUCCGUAGCUGCAGCCGAUAAGCAGCCAAUUCAGCUUUAUGGACCUCCUGAGGUCGAACUUACCUCGUCUGAAUACUCGAAAGAGUCUGUCGAAGAGCCUACCGAACCUGCCAACUACAACUUCGAGUUCGCCGUGGAGGAUGGCUACUCAGGCGCCAACUUCAAACCACAGGAGGAACGUGAGGAGGACAACACACAAGGGUCCUACAGCGUCCAACUCCCCGAUGGACGUCGCCAGACAGUCACGUAUUACGUCGACGGAGACUCCGGCUACAUAGCUGAGGUCUCCUACGAGGGAGAAGCCCAGUACGCAGAACCCGAGGAGGAGUCUGACGAAUCGUCUGAGCCAGCUCCCAUUCUACGCAGCUCCAGAACCCGAACCUAGGCCUACUUACUCCAGACCUACU